UAGAUAGAUAGAUAGAUUAAACCUUUAUUGAUCCCACACUGGGGAAAUUUACAGUGUAACAGCAGCAAAUAGAACAGUUUGAAUAAAAAGGAGAGCAGCACACAGUGAAUAGAUUUAAAUAUUUUUUUCUUCUAGAAGAAAAAAUACAAUAUUUACAGCAACAUUCUUAUGAAAUUGCACAGCAUCAUUAUGUACAUUUUUAUUGCACAGUUAGUGGGUGAACUGAGCUACUGGGAGCUUGAUUAGAAAGUCUGACUGCAGCAGGAAGGAAGGACCUGCAGUAUCUCUCCUUUAGACAGUGAAGCAGUCUGUCACUGAAGGAGCUGCCAGUGAUGAUACUGUUUCCUGUAGGGGGUUUCACCUGUUUCCUUGUCCUCCAAUCAGAGCUUAGGGUUAAUCAGUGAUUUAAUGUAAACGUUUCUCUGCCGAUCGAUCAGACUGUAAAACUGAUUUAUUGAUCAUCAGCAGUUGCUGAUUAAACAGCGACCCCUGCUGGCUGAUUAGACUGUGUGUGUGCGUGUAGUGUGUAUUUCGGUGUGUAGUGUGUGUGCAGUGUGUAGUCUGUGUGUAAUGUGUAGUGUGUGUUAUGUGUAGUGUGUGUGUGUGGUGUGUGUAUUUUUGUGUGUAGUGUGUGUAGUGUGCAGUGUGUAAUGUAUGUGUAGUGUGUGUGUAGUGUGUGUGUAGUGUGUAGUGUGUGUAUUUUUGUGUUGUGUGUAGUGUGUAUUUCUGUGUGUAGUGUGUUUGUGUAUUUCUGUGUGUAGUGUGUGUGUAGUGUGCAGUGUGUAAUGUAUGUAUGUAGUGUGUUAUGUGUAGUGUAUGUGUAGUGUGUGUAGUGUGUGUAUUUCUGUGUGUGUAGUGUGUGUAUUUCUGUGUGUAGUGUGUAGUCUGUGUAUUUUUGUCUGUAGUGUGUGUGUGUAUAGUGUGUGUAUUUCUGUGUGCAGUGUGUGUUUGUGUUUAUUUCUGUGUGUGUGUAGUGUGUAGUGUAUAGCGUGGUGUGUGUGCAUUUGUGUGUGUGUGUGUGUAGUGUGUAGUGUGUGUUUCUGUGUGUAGUGUGGAGUGUUUUUCUGUGUGUAGUGUGUAGUGUGUGUUUCUGUGUGUAGUGUGGAGUGUGUUUUUCUGUGUGUAGUGUCUGUGGUGUGUAGCGUGUAGUGUGUGUGUUUGUGUGUGUAUUUAUGUGUGUAGUGUGUGUGUAGUGUGUGUGUUUGUGUGUAUUUCUGUGUGUAGUGUGUGUUUGUGUGUGUAUUUCUGUGUGUAGUGUGUGUGUUUGUGUGUAUUUCUGUGUGUAGUGUGUGAGUUUGUGUGUAUUUCUGUGUGUAGUGUGUGUCUGCAGACAGGACAGUCAGUGAUGUGUGACAGCAGGGCGGGGCUGCUACUGAGUCUGCGCAGUACACACAUUCAGCAUCACUGAUGACAAAGGGUCCUCCGGGGAGACGCGCAGCGCGUGACCGCGUCCUCAGCUCGUGUCACUGCAGACAGACUGAGUCGGACAGACAGGUGGAGGGGAGACAGGCGGCCGGCGAGGUGGUGAGGAUGCACGCGGCGGGCAGCAGCGGCUCCCGGUGAUCGUCGGUACCGAGAGGCGGAGCAGCGCGAGGAGCCGCAGCGGAGCAGCGCCAGCAGCAGAGCGGAACCAUGAGCUGCAACUGGGGCACCGAGCUGUGGGACCAGUUUGAUAAUCUGGAGAAACACACCAGCUGGGGAAUCGAUUUCCUGGAAAGAUACACCAAAUUUGUCAAAGAGCGAGCUGACAUCGAGCUGAGCUACGCCAAACAGAUCAGGAGUCUAUCCAAGAAGUACCAUCCUAAGAGGAGCAGAGAAGAUGAGAGCAGGUACACCUGCUCUCUGAUUGGCUGUUUCAGAUACACCUGGUGUCUGUCCUUUGCUGCGACCCUGCAGCAGCUGAAUGAACUGGCGGUCCAGAGGGAGGAACUGGCUGAGAACCUGAACUCUCAGAUCGCCUGUGAACUGACUCGAUACACCCAGGAGCUGAAGACGGAGAGGAAGACUCAUUUCCAAGAUGGCCGCCGUGCCCAGCAGCACAUUGAGAGCUCCUGGAAACAGCUGGAGUCUAGUAAACGUCGCUUUGAGCGUGACUGUAAGGAGGCGGAGCGAGCUCAGCACGUCUCCGACAGAAUUGACCUGGACAGCAAGACAGACGGAGAGAAGCGCUGCUCACUGAAGGCACGUCAGACAGCUCAGCAGAAACAACAAGCUGCUGAAGAGUCCAGGAAAGACUAUGUGACCAGUUUAAACCAGUUCAACCAGGACCAGCACCAGCACUACCACACACUGGUACCAGUUAUAUACCAGCGUAUCCAGGACAUGGAGGAACGGCGGAUCGAGCGAAUCGGUGAAGCGAUGCGUUCGUCAGCUGAGGCCGAGCGGAAAGUUCUUCCUGUUGUGCGUCGCUGUCUGGACGCUAUGAUGGACGCUGCUGAGAGCAUCCAGCCUAGAAAGGACACCCGUCAGGUGGUGGAGGUGUAUAAAUCAGGGUUUGACCCUCCAGGGGAUGUUGAGUUCGAAGACUACAGCGCCACAAUGAGGCGGAGCAUCUCUGAAUCCAGUUACCUCGACAACCGAACCGAAGGCCGGAGACACAGCAGGAAGUUGUGGCCUUUCUUACGCAAAAACAAGCCUCCACCUCCACCCCCGACAUCACCUUCACCUGGGGGUGUGGUCAACAGUCCUCAGUCUCCACCCCCAGCCUCCAGAGAGCCAAUCGCACAGCGGCUGAAUGACCUCAUGACCUCUGGCUCCAGAACCAGGAAGCAGUGUCUUCGCAGCCUCAAGAGAGGGCUGUCCCUGAAACUGGGAUCCAGUCCUGCUGACUGCAGCCACCUGCCUCCUGAACAGAGGAGAAAGAAACUACAGAGUAGAAUCAACAGCAUGAACCAGGAGAUCCAGAGGGAGAGGGAGCAGAGAGACGCUCUGCUGAAGAUGAGGGAGGUUUAUGAACGCAGUCCUCAGAUGGGGGACGCCAGCAGUUUGGAGCCUCGACUGGAAGAAGUGAAGCAGAAUCUGAUGCGACUGGAGGAGGAGCUGAGGAGGAACCAGGUGUGGUUGUCGGACGCUGACAGCAGGUUGUGCGACCACAGCAGCAGCAGACAGAAUAAUUCCACGGCGACGACUCCAGGAAGCAGCAGCCUGAAACAUCUGGACAACCGCAGCCCUGCCAGCAGGGAGAGUCCUGACGGCAGCUACACUGAAGACCACAGCGCUGAACUUCACUUUAAGUCUCGCAGUUCAGAGUUUGAUGAUGACUUUGAUGAUGAAGAACCGUUACCAAGUAUCGGCACGUGCAAGUCUCUCUAUCCGUUUCAAGGCCAGAACGAAGGCACUCUGUCCAUGGUGGAGGGAGAACUACUUUCUGUCGUGGAGGAGGACAAAGGUGAUGGCUGGACCAGAGUGCGGCGGAACCUGGAGGAGGAAGGAUACGUUCCCACCUCCUACAUCAAAGUCUUCCUGGACAGCAGCGCCAAAGGCUUUGUGCACAGUAGUCGGCUAGUCUAGCUAGUCCACCAGGGAGGACGUCUCGCCACAGGAAGUGAUGUAAAGAGCUCAGAGGAGGUCCGGCAGCAGCUUCUUAUUGGACAGUUUUACACUUGAGAUAUCUCAGCCAAUCAGAUGGCAGAUGCCAGAACUCAAUCAGAAAUCAAUCAGAACUGAUUCAGGUGAUCCAGAACAGAUCCAGAUGAUCACGUUUCUCUAGAAACUAGUCCGUUUCACAUCAUAUGAAAACUUUAGUCGUGUUCAUCAGUUUGGAGAUCAGAGGUCUGAAACUGAAGCUGAACGCCGCCGUGAUGUCACAGGAUGCUGUGACAUUACAGUGGGUUUGGUCAUUUUAAAGAGCUGACUGCGUGUAAAUAGAACCUGUGCAGGUGUAGCCCCGCCCCUGCUGACAUUAGCCAUGCUCUGCCCCUAUUUAUAGCCCCGCCCUCUUCAUGGCCCCGCCCUGUGCUUGUUGAUCAAUGAUCAUUUUUAUUGACGAUUGUGUGAAAUGUGAACUUUUUUAUUUUAGUGAGAUAUUGAUCAGUUACGUAUUGAUUUUUUUAUAGAGACGUGAGACUGCUUAUCACGCUCUUUUCAACUUCCUGUAUGCUAGACUUUCAAAAUAAAGUACACUGAAUCAA